UCAGGGGGUUUGGACAAAGGGCCGGUCUGUGGGUCAGGUAUAAAAGGAAAGGGUUAAACCAGGUAGAGCACAGUUCAGUGCAACAGCAGCAGCUCCUGCAGCAACAGCAGCCCAAAAAGACCGGCAAAAUGAGUUCUGGAAUGAACAUGAUGAGCAGGAUCGUCUUCUACGAGGAGAGGAACUUCCAGGGCCGCUCCUAUGAGUGCAUGAGCGACUGCCCCGACAUGUCCUCCUACCUGAGCAGGUGUCACUCCUGCAGGGUGGAGAGAGGCUGCUUCAUGGUCUACGACCGCACCAACUUCAUGGGCAACCAGUUCUUCAUGAGGAGGGGCGACUACUCCGACUACAUGAGCAUGCUGGGAAUGAGCAGCGGCAUCAGGUCCUGCCGUAUGAUCCCCAUGCACAGAGGAUCCUACAGGAUGAAGAUCUAUGAGAGGGAGAACUUCGGCGGCCAGAUGUCUGAGCUGAUGGACGACUGUGACAACAUCAUGGACCGUUACCGCAUGUCCAACUGCAUGUCCUGCAACGUGAUGGACGGCCACUGGCUGAUGUACGAGCAGCCCCACUUCAGAGGCAGGAUGAUGUACAUGAGGCCUGGAGAGUACAGGAGCUUCAUGAACAUGGGCAUGAACGGCAUGAGGAUGAUGAGCAUGAGGCGCAUCACCGACUCCUGCUAUUAGACUGUCUUUGCACCAAAUAAAACUGUCCUAAACUAAA